AUGUCGCCUUCUCACUCCCAUAUCGUAGGCGCCGUCAUAGGCGCAAACCCUCUUUCUCCAGAGGACGACGACGACGAUAUAUGCCCUGUUUGCGAGAGCGAAUGUACUUGCCAGAACAGAGCAAAUCCCGCACAGAACAGCAGACACACAGACGUGGCUCCUUUGUUUCCCUCUACAUCUUCUUCGCACGACUCCGUCGCGUACCCGCCCACAGAAGCAACGGCCGGUGUGCAGUCUCUCAAAAUCAAGCUCACACUCCCUCCCAAUCUGAAAUUUCGCAAGCAAAAUGGUUCGAGACAGUCCAACGUCCUUGCUUCUCAGUCUCGUCCUUCGCUAAUCCCAUCUCUUCCCGAGUCAUUCGACUUGCCAACGACUGGUUCGGAUCCGUCGCGCGCCAAUGCCCACCGUUUAGCGCUCGGCAUCCUCGAUCCUGUUGUUCCCAAACGCAGAGGCCGUCCACCAAAAGUCAUCGUCGCAGCUCGAGAGACGGGGAAUGCUGUGUUGCAAGCUUCCCACAAAACUGCAGUAGUUGGAGGCGCCGAAUCUGUCUACGCACGCGAUCCUGGUUCCUCGGGGGAUGUACCUACUUAUGCACACGGCUUAGGCAAAGGCAAGAAUGUUUCCAAAUACAACCCACCGAGGAAGAGUGUGGCUCUCGCAAAACAGAAGCCCAGGGGCAAAACCACGACAGGCCGAAAAACGUUGGCUGUAGCAAACGGGAAAAACAUACUCAAGGCCUUUCCAUCCGGUAAUUUGAGUGACGAUUCCGUCUCUGGACGGUUUCCUACAUUUAUUUCAGCAGCAUCCACACCAUCCCACACCAGCUCGUCGGAAUCUUCAGACUCGGACUUAUCCUCCUUGGACUCUGAAAUUGAAGAGGAGACGCGGCUGCUCGUGCACGGAGAGCGAGGGAAGGCUUAUGUUCGAAAACAUUCCACCAACAGCUUGGCUGAGAAGAAGCGUCAGCCUGGAUCCGGCGAUUGGGAUAUGCAGUCCAGGAUGACUACCUCGAAUUCUGAAGAAGACGUCGACGUUGGCAUCGACAGCAGUAGUGCUGAGGAAAAUGAAGCAUCAGAGGGCACUGAUGACCAAGUAAGCGAAGAUGACGACCUAGAUGCCGACACAGAAGGUGGCGGACUGGAUGACAUCGACCCGGACAAUGAGGAGACGAGCAGUAGAAUCGGUGUCACUUUCGGUGACGGUGCAGCAAGCUGGAGUGACGACGAUGACGAGUCCUUCGAUGCGGAUUUAUUCUUUGCCAACCUUGAUGGGUCGUCGGAUUCAGAUUCUUCCCCAGCCUUACGUGCUCAUGACCCUUUCGACUUUAUAUCUGACAUGGAGUUCUCAGCUUCACUUUCGGCUGACGAGGAGGAUGCCCUACUGCUCAUGGACAUUGAUCCUACGGUCCAAGUGCGGCGAGGGAAUGGCGAGCUCGAAUUUGGGCUUGAACUCGACAGUCUCUCGUUUGGCUUGGAUGGCCAAUACCUAUUUGCAGGUUCAAGUCCGCAGAGCCUCUUCGAUCUCGGCUUUGGGUUUCAUCACGCCAAUACCGAUUUGGAAAUGCAGGUCGAGACUCAAGAGUCAUCCGAGGCGUUUAGCGAUGGUACCGAAGCGAUCAAUGAAGUGCUGCUCGAGGAGACAGACGGGGAGACGACGGAGGAUGAGCUAGUCGAUUCGGACGGUCUUCCCAAUCGGCUUGCUAUGAUGAUCUUUCGGUGGCCGCAUACAGUCUCCACGAUCAAUCCACUUUCUACGGUCAGUUCUACCACCAGCUUGUCACCACAGGCUCCACCCGAUGCCUCGGAGAGCGUGCGGAUUGCUCUUGCAUCUUACUCUGCCCAGCAAGGCCCGCCUACUACUCCUACAGCUGCUGACAUUUUGGCUGGGAAGAUUCCGCUUGAUGACUUCGAGGAUGUGGAGAUGGAUAAGUCAGUAGGAGAUGCACAGAGAAGACGCCGCAGUAGUGGGCCUGUCAUGGGUGAAUUCGUGGCAGGUUCUGAAAAUGCACAGCCAUCUGCGGUGAUUAAUGGAAGAGGUCCCUGUAUCCCGAGUCCUUUUCCUAGGUCUAAGGUGAGGCAGCGCAGUUCAUUUCACGAGGUGGAGUGCAGCGACACCAGUGCUGAUGCUGUACGUGCCCUUGUGUCAUAUGCUGUUGAAAUUUACCCUAACCCUUCUGAUUUUCAGGUUGAGCCGCCUUCCGAAUCUGUCUUGUCCUCUACUCAAUCCUCCGAUGAGAACCUUCCGCAUUCCCACUUACUCCCGCCUGCUGAAGUCAUUGAUUUGGACGAUGUGCUAGACUCGUCCAUUCUAGAUCCAGAAGCCAUGUCUCACGACCUUGACGAUCAGCCCUACGAGUCGCUGGAAUUAACUCCGAGUGCAACCCCUAGUGCACAUAUCCACAGUCUUAGCCGUUGGGAUCGAAUCCCCAUGGCGACGUUUCGUAGGACUCGAGAGACAGCCAUUGGAUCUGCUGUUGAAGGGUCCACUUCUGACACUGGCCUCAGUGUAUAUGGCGGCAUAGGUUCCUUAAUGGGCACUACGAUGUUGACACCAUCCAAAGCUCAUGACAAGAAGUCUAGUUCGGCUCGGAAACGGUCGAAAGCCAAAACUUCUAACAUGCUCAUGUUACCUAACGAGUUACUCCCUCUUCGAGACGGAGACCAGACGCCGAGACCUACAAGCCCCCGUCAACCAUUCAAGUCGUCGAAAAAAGAAGCGCGAAGAGAAAAGGCAAUGAUGAAACGCAAAAUGAUGACGAAACCCGUUCAGCACCGCCACCAACCGCCGUACCGCGCGCAUCACCAUCAUCCCAAUCACAAGACCCGUGCGUCGAGUUCGGCGCAACGCAUGGGGAACUUUGCUGGUUCGAGCUCUUCCCCUUCGUUUUGCCUGUGA